AUGCUUGAGGACGUCAUCAUCGUCGCGCGCAGGCUUAAGAUACAAUACAUAUGGAUUGACAGCAUGUGUAUCGUCCAAGACUCAGACGAAAAGUGGUGCACAGAGUCUCGACGGAUGAGCUACUACGAAAAUUCGUACAUUAUGAUCAUCCCUGUCUUAUGUCACAGCGCGGAUCAAGGUUUUCUAGGACAUCGACCACGCUUGAUCACCAAACACAUAAGCGGAACUUGGGCUAGCCGGCCUGAAAAGGCUCUACAUUUCUACUAUGCGCAACGGGAGAGUGUGAGACACGAAGCAGCUGAUUCUUGUUGGAAAACACGUGGUUGGACCUUUCAGAAACGCCUCCUUUCUACCCGGAUCUUGUACUUUGGGCGUAAUAGCGUCCGAUUCGAGGGCCGCGGUGCUAUCUUCGAAGAAAUGAACCUGCGGCGAUCUGCCCAAGACGACUAUCGAGUAUUCUUCGCUUCGCCAAACCACCAGUCCUCCAAAUGGAAUGAGAUGGAGAAAUUCCGGCUUUGA